UGAUUUAGGAUUUAUAUUUAUGAUAUGCUUUGUGAUUUUUCCAUUUUUUUCUUCUGGCAACAGGCUAGUAAUGGUUGUAUAGUUUAGUUUCUGUGAUUUUAUUUUAUUAAUGAUGUGGCGUAGCAAUAGAGUUGGUGUUAUAAUUUGUUGGCAUGGAAAUUUCUUCUAUUUAAAUUCGCAAUCUAUUGUAAACUGGGGCUUGGGAUGAGCUUCUAAGUUCUAGAUCUUCAACUUUUAGCGUUUGCCUCUUUUGUUUGUUUUUAUUUUGGUGUAUCUUACUGAAAAUAUUGUAGUAUAAGAUCAUAAAUGAGUAGAAAUUCAGCUUUGUGGUAUUUUGAUUUAAUUUUGAGGGCUCUGGUUCAUGCUUCAAAACAAGAGAGGAUAGUUAUGAUUUCUACGAGGGGCUUCUUUCAUGAGAAAGGGGAUGUUGAAAUAGGAAUAAUUUGGGUCCUCUUUUGUAACUUUUGAGACUGAGUACCAAAAAUUAAGGCUAUAGUGUUUCUUCGACUGAAAAGGUGGCAGAUGAUUUAAUUGAACUAUUUGACAAAUUCCUUCUGUUUGAAAUGAACUCUCCAAAUUGGACAAGAUUAUACUGAUGGGUAGGGAGAACUUGCUAAAUCUGAACCAGAAAGAGAGAACAGAAAAGGCUAACAAACCUGAAGAUCUGCUUUCUCCAUGUGAUAGUGACUCAUGCAGAGAACAUAAAAAGCUAACAUCAGAUAAUACAAGGAUGUCUGAUCAUUGUUUGAAGAGCAGCAAAGUAGAUUCUAGUAGUAGUGAGCUUUAUGCAGAUGAUACCAUCUUAGGAGACAAGUGUGUGGUGGAGGAUGAUAGCGUGUCUCAAUAUUCAAUCAAUCACAUAUCUCAAACUGACAAUGAACUCAGCUUUCUUGAUAAUGAUGGGUGGCUCAAUAUCGGAAACUUUGAAGAUGUUGAUAGGAUGAUGUUAAGCUGUGACUUGACAUUUGGAAUGGAGAGCCUCAAUAAUGAAGAGGAGUUCUGCUGGCUCCGGUCUUCAAAUGGAACUGAAGGAUCUGAUGAUGCAUUGAAGUCUGCAUUCAAGUUUUCAUCUGCUGAAGCAAGUCUGUUGAAAAGUAUAUCAGAUUAUAAUAUCGACACAAAUGAAAACAUGGAAGGUCUGCCAAUUAAUGACGGCAACAAUAAAGCAUCUCCUAUUGAUAAAAAAUUGAGGUCUCGAAUGAAUGCCAAUCAUGAUGAUGUUCCUUCUUCAUUAUCAACAUUCCAUGAAUCAGCCAUGAAAUCUGGUAAUAGAGAUGACUUGAUGGCUAAACUAAAGAUGGAAGGAAACCUGUUAAAAACAUCAGCAGGAAAGAGAAAAAAUGGUUACCUGGGACAUGGUGAUUUUGAUCUUCCUUAUGCUCAAGUGGAGCAAUAUGCAAAUCUGAAGCAAUCUUUUGGAGCCUCUUCCAGUGGGGUCACUUCACAGGAUAGCAUCCACAAACACAGACCAGACAUGGAUUCUAAUUCUUUAGGACAUAUACAGAUACAAACUGACCUAAUGGACCCAGGCUAUUGUCAUACUUCUAAUUACACUUCCCUCCUUCCAACUUUGUCUGGAUCUAGGUCUGGACAUGAUGGACAUCCAUCUCCUUCUUUUAAAGAAUCGUCAUUUGCACCUAACAUGGAGAGUUCUAAUGCUCAUAAGUUGGAUGCUGUUGCCUUGAAAACAAAAAAUGAGAGAGAAAAUUUAUAUUUUUGCCACGAUGCACAACUAAUAAGUCCAAGAUUUAAAAGUGGAAAUAUGGGAAAUCCUGAGCCAUUCAAAAGUCCAGGUUCAGCUCAGAAGGUAGGCCAUCAGUUUGAAAAUGAGAAUGAAGGCCAUAGUGAAGUUGGAGAAAUUAGCAUAAGAUUUUCACAAGAAAUAGACUCAUCAAAUGUGCAGGAAAGCUCAUCUAUGAGCUCUGCACUGGACGAAGCCUCACUUGAAACAACUAGCUUUUGCCAACUGCAACAGAUCAUGGAUCAGUUGGAUAUUAGAACCAAACUAUGCAUAAGGGACAGUCUAUACCGCUUGGCUAAAAGUGCUGAACAAAGACAUAAUGAUACCAAUGCAAGUGGUCAAAUUGGUGAUGAUGUUGAAGCCUGCAAAGCAGUAAUGAUACAGGACUCAAACAGGUGUACGGGAUUCAUGAAUAUUGAAACUGAUACAAAUCCCAUUGAUCGAACUGUUGCACACUUACUGUUUCACAGGCCUUCAGAUCCAUCAAUGUUGCCCCAUAAUGAUCCUUUACCUUUCAAGUCCAGUUCCAUGUUAUGUGGAUCGGUGAUCAAUCCAGCAGUAGUGACUGAGAAAGAGGUUUGUCAGGAAGAAUCUUCUACUGGAUUAGAAAAGUCGUCUUAAAGGGUAACACCUCGUGAAAAGAGAAACAAUGGCUUGUUUUAAAGUAAGUCAUCGUAUCAUAUAUGAUGUAUAAUUAAUUAUUCGGAGACUUGCUCAGAUCCCUUUGUUAGUGAUUCAUUUUUUUGCCAUCCGAUACCAUUAUAUUUAUAUUGAUGUAUAAAUGACUGAUCAUCAAUCCAAGGUAGCGUAUGAGAUUAGAUAUAA